GAUUCGACAGGACAGUCAGAAAAUGAAAAUUUUUCCAAAGUUAAGGACAAAAAGAUUAAGAGUAGGAAAAGAACAUUACAGGAUGAAGAUAAUGAUUCGACAGAACAGUCAAAGAAUAAAAAUAUUAAGAGUAGGAAAAGAACAUUAUAUAUACAGGAUGAAAGUAGUGAUUCGACAGAACAGUCGGAGAAUGAAAAUGCUUUCAAACUUAAAUACAAGAAUUGCAGUGACGCGACAUACUUAGCGGAGCAAAUUAAAUCAAAAGAGCAACUAUGUGAUGCAGACGCUGUGCAAUUGUAUAAUAUACGUGUGCAACUGAGACAUAUGGUACUACCGCAGCAUGAGAUUGAAACACGAGCCGGGUCUCAUAUGCCAAUGCGGAAGGAAAUCGAAGAAUUUGAAAGUAUAACACCAUUGAGGAAAGGCCCAUAUUCUUCUGACGAAGACGAGAUUAUCGUACAUAAUUGGAAAGUAUUUUGCAAACUACAUAACUGGGACAAAACGAAAGUUAAACCGUUUUUACGAUUAAGAAUUGGCAAUGAGACGUAUAUGCGUAAUACCAAGGAAAGGCGGAAAUUUGUACAAUUUUUAGCCGAUGGUUUACCAGAUAGAACUUUGUACAGUGUCUACCAUCGAUUUAAAAAUUUAUACGAGAAUAAUUUGCAAAGAAGGUAUAGACCCGAGGAAGAUCUAAUGAUAAUAGAUCACCUGGAACACAACCCAUCCCUCGAUCAAAGAUGUAAAUAUUCUGCGUUGGCUAAAGUUCUUCGAAGAACAAGAAAUUCCAUUUGGCGCCGUUAUAAGAUAUUAAAAAAAAAGAGAAACAAAAACUCCAUAGAAGAAAAAGAUUAAUAUUGUCGAAGUUAUAAACAAUUCUUGAUUGUAAAGCGAAGAACUUGCUCGUGCAACAUGAUAACAUAUCUUACCAUUUUUUUUGCAAACGAAAAUUUUUCCAAAAGAAGGAAAAAAGAUUGCCGAGUAAUAUCUAAUCUUGCUGCACGAGGAUACAUUGUGUACAACAAUAUAUGCAUAAAUUUAAUAAAAGUUCUAUUAUCUUUUCUAGUAUUGUUA